GCCAUGGACCACUCCCAAGACCUCUUGUCAAUUCUUCUAUUGCAAUGGCACACGUCUGCCAACGGGCUCUGGGCACGCGAGGGAAGCUGUUCUUCGUGGCGGUGGCGCGCGAAACCAGCGCUGUCCUUGCGGUGUAGGAGGUAGCAUGCGCGGGCGUGGAGCGCGUUGGGAAAUAAGUAUUCGUCCUUUUCGUCCUUGUCGUUUCUGGAAUCUGCUGUAGAUAUUGAUUCCAUUGCAACCGUGUUGAUUGCGCAUUCACUCAUACUAGCAGAGGGCCAUGGCAGACAUACGGAAAGACGAGGAGGCUGCCAGCCACAUCGAACCUGUGAAGAGACACUCGAUAUCACAUGCCUCAUCGUCCUCUGGCAAUCAUGAUCCCUCAGAGAAGGCGAAUACUGGCCCAGAAGGUGUCACUGCUGCUGCAAAACUCCGCAACCCUCUCACUGGCAUGACCGAGGAGGAGGUCAUUCAAGAUGUAGAUGCCUUCGUCGACAGUAAAGGACUGGAGAAAUCCCGAGACGCAUUCCGCAAAGGAGCGCUUCUCGCACGUGUUAAUCAACGCUCGCCCGAGACUGGCUUCCUGCAGAUAUCUGCAUUGUCUGCAGAGGAGAAGGGCUGGCUACAAGAUGAAGUGAAUCACAGAUGGCGACAGCCCUUCAUGCUGUAUUUCCUCGUGGUACUCUGUGCCGGCUCUGCUAUUGUACAAGGAAUGGACCAGACGGCUGUGAACGGUGCUCAGCAAUUCUACUUUCGGACUUUCAACAUUGGCGAGGAUGAAGUAUGGCGGCGUGGACUACUGAACGGCGCUCCAUACCUCUGCUCCACGCUCAUCGGCUGUUGGACCAACGUACCUCUCAACAAGUUCUUCGGUCGACGAGGAACGAUCUUCAUAUCCUGUUUCAUCUCUUUCGUGGCCGGCAUUUGGAUGGCCGCUGCCGACACCUGGUACAACCUGCUCAUUGCCCGAUUUGCCCUAGGUUUUGCUGUCGGUGCCAAGUCCAGUACCACGCCCGUCUACGCGGCUGAGUCCGCGCCCAAGAACAUUCGAGGUGCGCUCACCAUGAUGUGGCAAAUGUGGACUGCCUUUGGUAUCAUGCUCGGUUUCGUGGCAUCCGUAGCGUUCCAAGGCACCGACUUCCUCGGCGUGGACACUCAAUGGCGAUGGAUGCUGGCUUCGACCUCGAUCCCACCGCUGCUGGUCAUGAUUCAGGUGUACUUGUGCCCCGAAAGUCCUCGCUGGUACAUGGAGAAGGGAAAGUUCGACAAGGCAUAUGACGCUCUCAAGCGUCUACGAUCGCACGAGAUUCAAGCAGCGAGAGAUAUGUACUAUGCAUACAUGCUGCUCAAAGUCGAGGCUGCUGAGCGCGAGGGCAAGAAUCUGUGGAAAGAGUUCUUCUUUGUCCGACGCAAUCGUCGCGCAGCUCAGAGCUCGUUUUUCGUCAUGUUCAUGCAGCAAUUCUGUGGUGUCAAUGUCAUUGCAUACUACUCUACUCAAAUAUUUAUGGAUGGCGGGUUUACCGAACCGCAGGCACUACUUGUUUCACUGGGCACGGGUAUCGUGAACUGGUUGUUCGCAAUUCCUGCCAUCUAUACAAUUGACACUUUCGGGCGCCGCAACCUGUUAUUGACGACAUUCCCACUCAUGGCCAUCUGCCUCUUCUGGUGUGGCUUUUCCUUUCUCAUUCCCGACACACCCAGCACCGAUCCCGCCGCCGGCGCGGACGGGCUCAUCACCGGUCCUGGCAAGCUAGGCAGUAUCGCGGCCUCGAUCUAUCUAUUCAUGGUAUUCUACAGUCCCGGCAUGGGUCCCGUACCCUUCACAUACAGCGCCGAAGCAUUUCCCCUGUACAUCCGUGACGUGGGCAUGAGCUUCGCGACAGCAACCACCUGGGGCUUCAACUUCAUAAUCUCCCUGACCUGGCCCGCCCUCCGAGACGCUUUUACGCCGACGGGAGCAUUCUGCUGGUAUGCGGCCUGGAAUGUUUUCGGCUGGGUCUUUUCCUACUUCCUAUUGCCUGAGACGAAGAACCUCACGCUUGAAGAACUCGACAAUGUCUUUAAUGUGGGGAACAGGGAACAUUCCAAGUACUACACGCAAAAGCUGCCCUGGUAUAUGAAUAAGCAUAUUUUGCGACGCGAUGUCGAGCCUUUUGAGCCGUUGUAUCAGUUUGCAGACCCCGAGGCGGAGAGUGAGCGGCGUGCGAGUAUGGUGAGGCGGAGUAGCGUCACUAAGAGUUUGAAGAACUAGGGAACGAACGGACGUGUUUGGGCGGCAGAGCGUGGCUAUUAAACCGUUCUAUUGAGGCUUUGAGAUUUAGAUAUGGCUAUACCUGUUUUCUUCAACGCGACGAAACGCGCACGAUGAAACGAAGAAGUCGCCUGACGCGCAACGAGGCCGUUUUGUCCAGCAGACUCUUGGUCCCCUCUAAAUCGUCAUAUCGCAUCAAAAAAACGGAGCUCUGUCCAAG